AGCAAGUAGUAACAUUGUUUAGUGUAAUUGAGUUGAGUUUUGUUGUUUUGUUUUACUGAAAAGAGAAGAAGUAUAUUUUUAGGUUCAAGAAUUAUUUACCUUGUUGUCUUCAAUUUGGACUUUGAGAUGGUGCUCCUUAAUUUGUUACUGUUAGCAUGAAAUUGAGUAGUCACUAUUGCAGAAAACUAUGCAGAACAACUUUAGAAAGGAGGAAGGCAAUACCAAGAGCUCAAGAAAUUGAACCAGCAACAACAGCCAACCCCCAAAUCACUGUUAUGGGUAUUGUUUACUGUGAUAUCUGCUCCAACAACACCUUCUCCAGGCACAGCUACUUCUUACCAGGUGUGGAUGUUAAAAUAGACUGCACAUUCAAAGCAACUUCUCCACAAACAAUUGAACAGAUAGCAUUCUCGGUCAAUAGAACUACAAACCAGUAUGGAGUCUAUAAGUCGGAAAUACCUUCAGUUGAUGGAAUUGAUUGUGCAAGGGAUAAAGCAAUGGUGUCAUCCUGCAGGGCAAGCUUGAUGUGGAGCUCAUCUUCUUCAUGCAACAUUCCUGGUCACAUAACCACGUCAGAUGGGAUAGCAGUUAAAUCAAGACGAUCCAAUCUCUGCAUUUACAGCCUAAAUGCAUUGAAUUACAGACCAUCCAGGAGAGAUAUUACCUUGUGUAAAAAUUAGGAACUGUACUAAAGUUCUUUCCAUCUGCCUACUCUGCCUUUUCCAAGUCUCAUGCUCUAAGAAUAACUACCCACAAAAAUUUUCGCGUAUGUACAAUUUGGUUGCAUGAAUAUGUUGUAUUCAAGUUUUUCAUUUUACUACAAUAAAAAUGAAAUUUGCAAGCAUUAUCCAGAAAGCAUUGAGGAGAAAGAGAGUUGAUUGA